AUGGAAAAUAAUUUUAAUGUGCAAGUUGUUGAUAUGUUGUUGAUUUUGGGGGAGUGUAGAAAAAACUACAGAGAAGCUGCACUAGUGUGGGCAGAGAGGUUUCCUGAUAAUCGUAAAUCUCAUAUGGCAUUUCAAAGACUGGAAGCGAGGAGUCGUACUACUGGCAGUUUGAAACCAAAAAAACGAGUUCGGAGGAGAUAUAAAACUGAUGAAAAUAGUGCAAUUGGCGUUUUAGGAGCGGUAGCUGUUGACCCGCAAGUCAGUACCAGGCGGCUUGCUAGAGAUGCUGGUCUGAGUCAAAAAUCUGUUCUGAACAUAUUGCAUUUGUACAAAUUUCAUCCAUAUCACAUGACACUGCACCAAGAGCUAUACGGACAAGAUUUUGAAAAUCGCGUUGCAUUUUGCAAUUGGGUCGCCAGAAAAAUGCUAGGAAAUAACAGAUUUUUAAAAAAUAUUAUUUUCUCCGAUGAAGCUACAUUUCAUAAUUGUGGGCAGGUAAAUAGACACAAUAUGCACUACUGGGCUGCGGAAAAUCCCCACUGGGUAAGAAUUCGGCCAAAUCAACACCCAUGGUCACUUAAUGUCUGGUGUGCAAUAAUGGAGGAUAGAGUUAUUGGUCCGCAUUUCUUUGAAGGGCACUUAAAUGGAGAAAUGUACACGGAUUUUUUAAGAAACCAUUUACCGCAGUUAUUAAACCAGAACAUAAACCUGGACAUGUGGUUUCAGCAGGAUGGAGCUCCACCUCAUUAUGCUAUUGAGGCCCGAACCUAUUUGAAUGAAAUUUUUCAAAAUAGGUGGAUUGGUCGAGCUGGUCCGGUCAAUUGGCCUGCUAGGUCACCUGAUUUGACCCCUCUGGAUUAUUUCCUUUGGGGUUUUAUCAAGGACAAAUUGAUGGCGAUUGCGCCUACAACAUUAGAGGACAUGAAGGACAGAAUCCGCGUUGCCUGCUCUAAUGUAACACCUGAAAUGCUGCAGAAUGUACGGAACUCAUUUAAAAAAAGAGUGAGAAAGUGCUUAGAACUUCAAGGUCGGCAUUUUGAACAAUUUCUUAAAUAA